AUGUAUGGGGGCAGUUACCAGGAAGGGUCAGAUCCCUGCUUGGAUCAAAGUGGUGUGGAGACCUCCCCCCCAAGCAAGCAGAGUGUGGGGUGUCCAUUUGGUGUGCUGAUGUUCCAUAAGCCGCUGCUGCGGGAGGCUGCCUACGAGCUGUGGGUCCAGAAACAGCGGGUCACCCUGCACUCCAAGUGUGCUGCCUUCCUGGAGCGGUAUGCACACAAAUGCCAGAGCUGCGGCCAAGGGGACUUUAUUGUCUUCCACCGCUUCGCUGUCACCAGCACCCAGGACAAAGGGAGCUGUAAGGACUUUGAUGGUGGGGAUGACCCACACACCUGGAAGGCCUUGGUGCUGGCUGGAAAACAGCUGAAGAAGGAGAGGUUUUACAUCUCUGCAGGUAUUACAGAUACUCAGGAGGAGCAGCAGCAGCAGCAAGCUUUUGUGGAAGAGGAUUUUGGUGCGACUGACAGAGAGGACAACAAUGCGCUCUCAUGUGACUGCAAAGGCAUCGUGGAGUCAGUGCUUGUGCCAUUGGUUCACCACUACACAACACUGGGCAAUGCUGCCAGAGCCUUUUACUAUCUUCUGGAGACUGCAGCUGCCUACCUGCAUGUCUCCAACUACUACAUG